AGGCCCAAGAAUGGUACUUCCUUGAGGCCCUCUUCCCUUCCUCCACUGCCUCCACCUACCCCUCACGGCCUCACCUCCGUCCGCCUGCGGCGCAAAUCUGCCGCGCUCCGGUGGGCAGUCGGAGUUCGGGGAGGUAGGGCGGAGAUGGGCCAGGGUGUGAGCUGCGCCAGCUCGAGCUACGAGCAUGACUUUUUUUCGGCAGUCCAAGCCGGUAAAUUGGAAGUGGUAGACUGCUUCCUUAGGGAUGACCCAUCUCUUCUUCACCGAACCACCAUCUACGACCGUCUGUCCGCGCUCCACAUCGCCGCUGCCAAUGGCCGCGUCGACGUUUUAUCAGUGCUUCUGGGUCGAUCUGUGACCCCCGAUGUCGUGAAUCGAGAUAAACAGACACCACUGAUGCUGGCUGCGAUGCAUGGAAAGAUAGAAUGUGUACAUAAGCUACUCGGUUCAGGGGCAAAUAUCUUGAUGUUUGAUUCAGUGAAUGGAAGAACAUGCCUGCACUAUGCUACUUAUUAUGGCCACUCAGAUUGUUUGCAGGCAAUUUUGUCGGCAGCCAAAUCCGCACAACUUACCGGUUCUUGGGGUUUCGCGCGGUUUGUGAACUUGAGAGAUGGCACAGGGGCAGCACCCUUGCACCUCGCUUCCAGUCAAAGAUGGCCCGACUGUGUCCAUAUUCUUUUAGAAUGUGGAGCUCUCGUCUGUGCUUCAACUGGCCGAUAUGGUUUUCCUGGAAGCACGCCGCUUCACUUUGCAGCUCGCGGGGGAAAUUUGGACUGUGUUCGUGAAUUGCUUGCACGGGGUGCUGAUCGUCUUCAAAGGGAUGCAUCAGGGAGACUACCAUAUGAGGUUGCAUUGAAGCAAAAUCAUGGUGCAUGUGCAGCUCUACUUAACCCAUCUGCAGUAGAGCCUCUAGUUUGGCCUUCUGCAUUGAAGUUUAUCAGUGAACUUGACCUAGUCACGAAAUCUCUACUGGAGGCAACUCUGAUGGAGAGCAACAGAGAAAGGGAAAUGAAGAUCCUGAAAGCAACAACACGAUCAUUGACAUCUCCUGCUCAUUCAGAUAAAGCGUUUGAUGAUGAUUUUUCUGAGGACAACGACAUCGACAUCUGUUCAAUCUGCUUCGACCGAGUUUGCACUAUUGAGGUCCAAGAGUGUAGGCAUCAGAUGUGUUCCUACUGUACACUCGCCUUGUGCUGCUACACUAAGCCGAAUCCCACGACCUUGUGCUUGCCACCACCUACUUGCCCCUUUUGCCGUAGCAACAUAUCUAAGCUCGCUACCAUCAAGGAGAACGGUGUUGAAAUCCACGACACCACCUCAAAGACUUCAAAUCACAGGAAGCGGAGGACCCAGAGUUGCAGCGAGGGUACUAGCAGCUUCAAAACUCUGCCUUCAGCUAUGGCGUCAUUUGGAAGAAUAAUUGAUAGGAGUGACAUUGUGGACAAACUUUAGAAUUAUGGACUAUGGCCGUUCACAAGACUAGCUAGCUACAAGGAAGAAAACUAAAAUAACAAUAAGGGAGUUGGCAUAAAGCAGAUGGGACUGGUGUUCUGAAUUACUAGUAAAACAUAAUUAAUCCUCCGCGAGCUUUGUGUUGGUUAGCACUUUGUUUUUUGAGCUACAUGUAAUGUCUACUGCUCAGAAGGAACGCUGUUGUUAGUGCAUCCUUAUCCCUCUGAAAUGUGGAAUGCAUAUUCAAUGUACAUGGGCACACUGAUCAAGAACAGAGUCCUUUGGAUGCUGGCUAUCAUGUGACUGCUUCGAUGCAAUUGCGCAUGGCAGAUGGGCUCCAUUGGCUCAGUAGUCUUCUAUUUAACGUGGUACUCUCUUUCAAUUAUACAAGCUUAUUGUCAGUGGUAACGUCACUCUGACAUGCCUCAUAUGGUCAAGCACCUAUUGCUGCUUGCUGACUGUCGAUUCAGUAUGCAUCUCUUGUUUAAGGAACACGUAUGUCUUUAAGCUGUAUGAGACUUGGUGUCUUCUUUUGUCAGUGUCAACUCUUUAUUAAUUUGAUCAGAUUUACUUUCA